AUGUCCCCCGGUGGAAUGAAUCAAAGUGAAAGGGCAAACUUGAGGCUUAAAAAUCCUCCGAACUCGACUGGCGAUCCUCUCCGAACUCGACCGCGAUCCUCUCCGAACUCGACCGCGAUCCUCUCCGAACUCGAUCCUCUCCGAACUCGAUCCUCUCCGAACUCGACCGGCGACACCGCCACCCACCUCCACCACCUCCGACCACCGCCCCUUCCACCUCCCCCUCCCACCGCUUCCACCUCCCACGCCCUCCACCGUCACCGCCUCCACCGCCACCGCUUCCACCACCACUGCCUAGCUCCACAGCCUUCCACCCCCACCACCUCCACCACCUCCACACCCGCCCACCCCUCCACACCGUUCCCAUCUCCACACGCUCCACCACCACACGUCCACCUUCCACCCCGCUUCACCUCCACCGGCUUCCACCUCCACCCGCUUCCACCUCCCUCCCACCCGCCGUUCCACCUCCCUCCACCCGCUUCCACCUCCUCCACGCUUGCACCCCUCCUCCACCGGCUUCCACCUCCUCCACCGCUACCACCUCCUCCACCGCUACACCCUCCUCCACGCUACCACCCCUCCUCCACCACCGCACUCAACCUCCUCCACUCUACCGACCCUCUUCACCCUACCACCGCCCCCACCCUACCAACUCCACCGCUGCCACCCACCCCCUCAACAGCCCCUCACCUCCACCACCUCCGCCGCUGCAACCACCUCCACAGCUCUCCCCUCACCACUCCACCCCGCUUCCACCUCCACGCUUCCUCCUCCACCACUGCCACCUCCACCGCUUCCAGCUUCACUCCGCCACCUCCACCACCACCACACCUCCACCGCCCGCCACUUCCACCUCCACCGCUUCUCCACCCUCCACCCUUCCACCGCUUCUCUGCUCCCCCCGCUGCCCACCUCCACCCGCUUCCACCCACCACGCCCUCCCGCUCCACCCUCACCCACCGCCACCUCCGCCACCGGCUUCCACCUCCACCUCCACAGCUUCCACCGCUUCCACCUCCACCGCUUUCCACCGCUUCUCCUCCACGCCUCUGCUCCCCCCCGCCGCCACCCCACUCCCCACCACCCACCUCCACCGCUUCCAACUCCACCAAUUCCACCGUUCCUCUCUCACAAGCUUCCACCUCCACACGUCCACAGCUUUCCACCUCCACCACCUCCACCGCUGUCCACCUCUCACCACCGCCACCCACUUCCACCUCCACGCGCUCACCUCCCACCACCUCCACAGCUUACCCUCCACCGCCCACCACCACUUCCACCUCCCACGCUUCCACCGCUUCUGCUCUCCCCGCGCCACCGCACACUCCACCACCGCCUUCUCCAUCGCUUCCACCCCUCCACCACCUCCACAGCUUCCACCUCCACCACCUCCACAGCUUCCACCUCCACACCUCCGCCACCUGCCACCGCUUCCACCUCCACAGCUUCCACCUCCACCGCACUGCCACCUCCACCUUCUGCACUCUCGACCACAGCCUUCCACUCGCCCCGCCACCUCCACCCUGCCACCUCCAACCCCGCUUCCACCUCCACCCAUCCGCCAACCUCCACCGCCUUCCCAGCUCCAACCUCCGCCACUUCAACCUCCCCACCGCCGCGCCACUCCACUCCACGCCUCCACGCUUCCACCUCACCCCGCUUCUCACCUCCCACCUCCACCGCUUCCACCCGCUUCCUCCUCCCCCAGCCGCCACCGCCCACCUCCACCACGCCACUCCCACCACGCUUCCACCUCCACCGAUUCCCCACUGCUUCUCCCUCCACCGCCACCUCCACCCUUCCCACCCCCACCGAUUCCACCGCUUCCUUCCUCCACCAGCUUCCACCUCCACCACCUCCACAGCUUAA